GUGCUCAUGUAGCAAUUCGAAAUCUUGGUUUUUACUUUUCAUCGGAUCGUGUACUAGUCAUCCAUUUCUUUGUUGUCGAACUCAUCUGUAUUUAUUGGUGACAUCUACGGAUCUAACACCCUAUUGCACGUUACGUGUGGCGCUGUGAAGGAGCUUCCUACACUCCAGUACUUCCAGGAAUGGCGCGCUCGCGCACACCGGAACGAAGGCGGGGUAGAUACUCAUCUCCAUCACCGUCAAGGUCGCAGGAUAACCGUCGGUCACACAGAGGACGAUCAAGAUCUCCACGCAAGGAGAAAUCAAGAUCAAGAUCCAGAUCACAGAGAAGACGAAGAGCGGCAUCGGAGUCACCAAAGAAAUACGCAAGACCUCAAAGGGAGAUAAGAAGAAACGAUUUCCCCCCACCGGGAAAUCGAGCCUGGUUCACGGCAGACAUGAAGGAGGAGAUCUUUGCACUGAGGAGAGACUACGACAAGAUAUGCAAGACAAACGAGUUAUUGCUGACGAAGAUUAAAGACUUGACAAAGGUGAUACAAGAGAUGAAGAAGACGAAAAAUGACGAGGGCGAGAACAAGAAGGAGAAAGAGAAGAGAACGACAAAGAAAGGACACGCAAAAGAUGAUGGACGUUUAUCACCAGCACAAGUACAGAAGAUGAUCGACAAAGCACUUGAGACAGCGAUUCCGAAAGCAACAGGAGCUGGGACCUGUCAACAAACACAGAUCGUUAACACUACGAAUGAAGUUGCGCAAGAAACAAACCAAGAAAGGAUGGAGAAGUUAGUCUCGAAGGUGGGGAAUGAGGUGGAUGAGAUGAAACUGAUGAAGUUUGAAAUGGCGGCAGUAAAAGGAGCAGUACACAAGAUCAACGAACCAACGAGAACGUGUAUUCCCCACGUCUCAUCAACAGUGCAGCAAACAAGGUUUCGUGGAAUGGAUAUGGUCGCCUCAGGAUCAACUGGGGGAGCGCUGCAUACGACAUCCAUGGGAAACCCAAGUGGACAUCCGGGAUUGGACACGAUCGGGAUCCCGGCAGCAAGACGACCCAAUUACAGUGCACCAAGCCGACCAUUCCCUCCAGCACCAAAGAAGAGGAGGACUAAGGUAAGAAGGAGGAUCAGCAAGAACAAGAGAAGGAUGAAGCGGGACAUGAAUUUCGGCAUCAUUCCAAUGACGUACACUCAAUUUGUCAGAGCGCACUACACGGAUCUAAAGGAUCUGUACAAGAUGCACAACAUCAGGUGCAAGGACAAACCGCAAGUUAUAGCAGCAUUGCGAAGAGUCCCAGGACUGGUCGAGUAUCAAGGACGGGAUUUCGUCCAUGACUCAGACAAGGAGACUCAGAUUGAACCGGAAAAUGAACGAAUGGACAUAUCAAGCACGAAAGAUGAAAGUUAUGAAGAAAUAGAGAGUGACGAAGAGAAGGAGGAGGGAGAAGAUGAAGAUGAAGCGUCAGAGUCAAGUGAAGAGGAGGACUCUUCAUCAACUUCGUCAAGUUCCCAGGACAUCCAGGGAAGGUUGAUGGGGCAGGGCCGAAGGAUGACCGCACUACGAACGAGAAAUGGGAACAGAUACAUAGACUAGCCACAAAGGUUAAUACUGUGGUUAAUACGGGCAAGAUGAGUAAAUGUACGGAAGUAAAUAUAGCAUACAAAC